CAUCAGCCAGCGAAGCUUUCAGUGGGAAGAUUCGAAUUCCACAAGUCCCAGAGUGUUGCAAAGUCCUAAAACAACUCAGAAAUAAGGGUCAAUCUCUUCCAGAGAAAGAUUGAUAUUGUAUCUUCAAAAGCCAUAUCCAUCUCUUCUUUUGAUAGAAUUAUCAGUUUGAAUCAAUAUUCCUCGAGUAGUCAAGUUCAAUUUGGUGGAAAGUUGAAGAAUCUUUGGUCACUUGAGUGACUUUUGGAAGCAGAUUAGAAUAAAGGGUGGCCUUUUUAAUCCUUGAAAGAGUUCUGUUUUAUGGGUAAAGGAGGAGGGUGUGUGCCAAGCAAGAAAAGAUCACCUCUGGAUGAAACUGAUCUUGAUCCACCAAACCCUAUAAGUGAUAGGUCAAUCUCAGUAGAGGGUCCUCUUAGUACUGAUUCCACAGCCCCAAUUCAAGAUGGGGUUUUACAAGCAGUCACCAAAAAAUUGAGGAUUUUUAUUGUGUUUUAUUCAAUGUAUGGUCAUGUGGAAGGUUUGGCAAAGAGGAUGAAAAAAGGGGUUGAUGGGAUUGAUGGGGUUGAGGGGGUUUUGUUUCGGAUUCCAGAGACGUUGUCACCAGAGGUUUUGGAGCAAAUGAAGGUGCCACCUAAGGGUGAUGAGAUUCCAGUGACAUCUGUGGAGGAGUUGGUGGAGGCUGACGGGUUGUUGUUUGGUUUUCCGACUAGGUAUGGAUGUAUGGCGGCGCAAAUGAAGGCGUUUUUCGAUUCAGCAGGGCAGUUGUGGAGGGAGCAGAAGCUUGCUGGUGUGCCUGCAGGGUUCUUUGUGAGCACUGGUACACAAGGAGGAGGGCAAGAAACCACUGCUUGGACAGCAAUUACCCAGUUAGCGCACCAUGGUAUGCUUUAUGUUCCAAUUGGAUACACCUUUGGUGCUGGAAUGUUUAAAAUGGACUCGAUUAGAGGUGGUUCUCCUUAUGGUGCUGGAGUUUUCUCGGGCGAUGGCACAAGGGAGCCAACUGAAACAGAGCUGGCCCUUGCUGAACAUCAGGGCAAGUACAUGGCUAUGAUAGUCAAGAGAUUUGCUCAGCCUUAAUUCAUUUGCACCAGAUAACAACGUUGACCAUCCCUCUUAAAUCAGCAAUUGUAUCCCCUUACACAUUUCCUUUUUUCGUCGAAGAUGUAUCCUUCUUUGUUUGUAGUCACAUUUUGUGUGCAUAGAAUUCAUAAAACUGGAGAUCUAUCUUAGUGUUAUUUUUGUUCUUGGAGUUCUAUAGGUCCUCUUGUCAUUGUUUGUUGAGAAUUUGUAUAUGAUUUUGAAUUGCAAGUUUUGAUUGUAUUAGUAACAAUAAAGUUAUUGUUUGCGU